CAUAGGAGGUCAACGCAGUCUGAUCAACAAGUGGACGACAUUCUUGAAAGCAAGACUGGUUUGCUCCAUCCCAGGUCCCGAGGGAGCUGAUACAUAUUUUGAUGAACUCCAAGACAUAUUCCUGCUUUCCACAAGAGAUGAAAGGAAUCCUAUGGUGUAUGGUGUUUUCACAACCACCAGUUCUGUGUUCAAGGGCUCAGCAGUUUGUGUCUACAGUAUGGCCGACAUCAGAGCAGUUUUCAGUGGCUAUUACGCCCACAAAGAAAGCGUGGACCACCGCUGGGUUCAAUACGAUGGGCGAAUUCCAUAUCCUAGGCCUGGCACAUGUCCAAGCAAAACCUACGACCCCUUGGUCAAGUCCACCAGGGAUUUCCCUGAUGAUGUCAUCAGCUUCAUCAAGCGCCACCCCCUGAUGCAUAGGGCGGCCCACCCAGUGAGUCGGGCUCCGGUCUUCACUCAGAUCAACGUGGACUACCGGCUGACUCAGAUCGUGGUGGAUCGUGUCACAGCUGAAGACGGCCAGUAUGAUGUCAUGUUUCUAGGAACAGAUAUAGGAACAGUGCUGAAAGUUUUGAGCAUCGCCAAAGAAAAAUGGGACAUGGAAGAGGUGAUCCUGGAAGAACUACAAAUAUUCAAGCAUCCAUCACCUAUUUUGACCAUGGAGAUGUCUCCAAAGCAGCAACAAUUGUACAUUGGUUCCAGAGAUGGGCUGGCUCAGCUUUCCUUGCACAGAUGUCAUACAUAUGGGAAGGCAUGUGCUGAUUGCUGCCUUGCCAGAGACCCCUAUUGUGCUUGGGAUGGACAUUCCUGUUCCAGAUACACCCCGACUUCAAAAAGGCGUGCAAGGAGGCAAGACGUGAAAUAUGGAGACCCGAUUACCCAGUGCUGGGAUGUUGAAGACAGCAUUAGUCAUGAAACCAGUGAUGAAAAGGUGAUUUUUGGCAUUGAAUUUAACUCAACGUUUCUGGAAUGUGUCCCAAAGUCACAGCAAGCUUCCAUUAGGUGGUUUAUUCAGCGUUCUGGAGAAGAGCACCGGGAAGAGCUGAAACCAGAUGAAAGGGUCUUCAAGACAGAAUAUGGGCUUCUAAUCCGUAGCUUGCAAAAGAAAGACACUGGGACCUAUUACUGUAAAGCACAGGAACACACGUUUGUCCACACCAUUGUGAAGUUAAACUUGAACGUCAUCGAGAACGGACAGAUGGAGAACAGUCACAGAGCGGAAGAAGAAUCAAGCCGGACACGAGAUCUGCAAGCUGAGUCCCGGCUAAGAUACAAAGAUUAUCUCCAGUUGCUCAGCAGUCCCAGCUUCAGCCUGGAUGAGUACUGUGAGCAGAUGUGGCACCGGGAAAAGAAACGGCAGCGAAACAAAGGUGGCCCCAAAUGGAAGCAUGCUCAAGAGAUUAAGAAGAAACGGAACCGGAGGCAUCACCAGCCCUCAUCUACAUAGCUUCUAGGUUUUAUUUAAAAGACACUUGUGCAAGGGAAAGUACUUUUUGGUGGUUCUUGUGGGCAUCUCUCCAGCGACGUUGCUUCUCAAAGAGACCUGGCGGCGCAUAAUUACUAAUGUAUUUGAGAUCUUUGGACAAAUACACCAGUAAUGGGGGGAAAGCCUUCAGGAUUUGUAUAUUCUCCAAUUCUGAAAUGAGAUAAAACAGUGAUCUGAAAAGUUCCUUGAUAAAGGAUAUCCAGUGGCCAUUCUCUUGCUUCCCCAAGGUUGAACAAAAGGCCCAUGGGACAAUUGAACUAUUAGGCUCAAGGAAACUAAAAAAUAUGUGUGGUUGUUAGACUGUGACAUUUCUUCUAGACAGACACAUCUUUGCUUCACUCAGCUGCACAGCCACAAAUGUCCUGGCAUGGAUGGACAGGUGAGAAAUGCCUUAGAUGAGGCAGUGAUGCCUUCGUAUAUAAAAAACAGUGUAAUCUUAGCUUCACAGAAAGAAGAUGAACAUGAGUGGCAACCAGUUUAACAGCUGUCUAUUGAAAAGAUACAUUGACACAGAUUGGAACUGACGACUGAGAAGACAAUUGAGCAGAAAGUUGGACUAGAAGACCUCCAAGGUCCCUUCCAACCCUAUUAUUCUAUGUUCUCUUAUCCAGGAUGCAAGUGGGUGACCAGUGCAGAAUUCCUUUGAGUAAGCAACAGGAUUUCUGGCAACACCCAUUUCCUUUGGAAGAUACCAUACUUUUUUGUCCCUCUUAUCCACGUCUCACCCUGCCAUUUUAAUUCUUUUGCUGGUUUUCAGAUGUUUCUUUGAAAUGAAAUCUAGUCCAAUUAAGUCUACCAGCAAAAGGAGGGAAGCAGCAUUGUUGAUAAGAUGGAGGAAAGCAGCCAUUUCCUCAGUCUUCGUUCCGAGCACUUGAGUACGUUAGAAGCGGUAGCGCGCUGGCGGAAUUUGUGUUUUAUAUUUUUACUAAAAUAAAAUGAAAACAAAGUCCAUGUGUAAAUAAUGCGCACAAAAGAGAUGGGCAGCUUCAAUUUUUUUUUUUUUGUAAAAUAUUCUCUCUCUUUUUUAAAAUUUUUAACUUUUCGCUGCUUAAAUGAUUUAUAUGUUUUUGCAAAGGGACUCCUUAUUUUCAGUGGGUCUUACUCUCAAGCAGACAAAUGGAACAAGUCAGCCGAAGUUACAAACCUGGUUUCAUGGAAGCUGGUUUGUAGCAUCAGCAAUGAGGCCAAGGAGAGUCUGGUUUGGUGAUUUUUUUCAGGCUGUUUUUGCACAAAUGUUGUCGUCUUGACGCCGGUUCUCCAUCUGUUGCCCUUACCUCACCUACACAGAUGCACACUCUUCUACUUUUCAUGCCUUUGUCAGUGUGAAAUGACAAAUUAGCCAUUUUCCUUACAUGGAGGAAGGUUUUGAUUGAUACCAAAAACAACAGGUUUUUCUUAUUUCUCAUGCAUUCCCUUUCUUCUUGGGAGUAAAGUUUGUGGGAAAUCCAUGUAAUUGGCAUGGCACUCAAUAAAGCAAAGACUGGUUUUGACUCCCA